AAAAUUUGUCUUCUCAGAGUAAUUUAAUCUAAAGAAAUUUUCAUUAACGGAAAACGGAAGGUAAUUUAAAAUUUUGACUUUUUUUUUUAAUUUUCACAUUAAACAAAAAAAAUUAUUACUUGAGUGAUUCAUAAUAUAAUAGACAACUUUGUGUUCUAAAGACCUAAUCAUUUUUGCAAUAAACAAUGAUUUACAUCUGUAUUUUAAUUUACGCAUUUCUUGCACCAACAUUCACAUUUGAGGUUCAUCAAAAUUUUGAUGAUUAUUUCUUGAAACAGUCUCAUACAUCUGAUAAAGUAUCUGAUUAUGAAGUAAUUUCUGUUGAACAUUCUAUUCACAAAAGAAGUACUAAUGAAAUUUCAAUUAAAUUAAAAAAUAAAAAUGGCACUGAACGCGAGUUAAUUUUGCAAUCCGUAGAAGAUUUUUUUACUACUAAAGAUACAAAUGUAUGGACAGCUCAAAGAUAUGGAAAUAUAUUUAAUUAUACUCUGCAAAAAGAUGUUAUGGAGAAAGUGAAUAUUACAUUUUAUCAAGAUGAAAAAACACAGUCUACAAUAACUCAUACUGUAAAUAAAAGAGGAAUUUCAGAAUUCAAUGGAGUUAUUGAUUCUGAUAAAGUGAUUCGUCCAUUAAAUAAUUACAUUCGUAAACGUCGUAAUGUUUUAUCAGAUGCAAUUUAUAAAUCUGAGAAUAUGGACAGCACUAAGAAUUAUCAUGUAGUUUAUAAACGAGUCUCCACUCCUCAUUUUAAAGAAAUUAAUAAUUAUGAUCAUAUAUUGAAAAAAUCUAAUCAUAGAAUGAAAAGAUCAAUUUUAAAUGCACCAAAUACAGUUUAUCCGGAAAUUUUAGUCUAUGUUGAUAAAACACUUUUUGAAUCCUUCAAUAAUGAUAUUGUUAAAACUGUGGCUUAUACCCUAACUUUUUGGAAUGGUGUAGAUCUUUAUUUUAGAGAUUUAAAAAAUCCAUCAAUACGUCUAAGCAUUGCUGGAAUUGUUUUGUGUCAGGAUCAAUUUAAAACGAGUAAUCCAUUUACAAUAACGGAGUCAUACAUGAUGUUGUUUCAACACUUUAUGUAUAUGGAAGAUAAAUUCAAAUUGGGAGAAAAUUACGAUAUUGCAGUAUUAUUAGGUGCAAAUCCGGAAGCAUAUAAAAAUAAAGAGGAAACAUUAGGUAUAGCAACAAUUAAAGGAGUUUGUCAAACUAAUCAUCAAUUUUAUAUGACUACAUCCACAGCGAUAAUUAUGGAUGAUGUUAAUUUUAUGGGUAUUUCAAGUGCUGCACAUGAAUUUGGUCAUUUAUUCGGAGCUCCUCAUGACGGUAGUAGAGCGGAUUUUCGUAAUAAUAUACCAGGGGCAGAAUCAUGUCCUUUUAACGAAGGUUUCAUUAUGAGCUAUAAAACAAAUAACAAAAAUCGAUAUUUCUUUUCUCAAUGUUCCAAGGAUAUUAUUUCCAGUUACUUAAGUCAAGACGUUACUAAAUGUCUUCGUAAUAAUCCGGCUAUUAAUAGAACUGAUAAACAAAUCUUAAGAAUAUUGCCUGGUAAAUAUAAGACAGUUGAUGAACAAUGCCAAAGUAAAGGAUACAGCAAAGCAUAUAGUGUGGAUGAAAAUAUUUGUACAAAUAUAAGAUGUCACGCAAAGUUUCUUUUUUUCUCAUAUUCAAAGGAGAUACAAGCGGCACUUGAAGGAACCUCCUGCGGUUUGGGAAAAAUUUGCUUGAGGGGAGAGUGUGUAAAAUUAGACUUAGACGAAAUUGAGGCGACUUCUAUUGCAAAUACUUUAUUCUAUAAUGUUUCUAAUUAAAUAUUGUCUUCGAACAUUUUAAAAUUUGUAAAAAAAAAUUCUAUAAAUAAACAAAUUUACACCACUA